UGUGAUUAGUUUCCGCGUGUUUCCUUCCCGCGCACAUCGUGCAAGGUGGAAGUUGGUCAUGGUCGUCCGCCAAACGGAAAGCCGCCAUGAUGGCUUUCUGCAAAGUACGCUCAAUAUGUAAAGUUUCGUUAUUGUUUUUCAUUAAUUGUGACUGAGUGCGUGCAAAAAUUAACCAUGGGAACGAACUAGAGUGUGCAAAGUGCAGUUUACGGUCCUUAAGGACCUCCUAGAGAAGCUAUAAAGUGAUUUAUUAGUGCAUUUUUGUGUCGACGCUAGCGUGUUUUGUUCUGUCAACAAAAUGUCGAAGCUCUCGUUUAGGGCGAGGGCCCUAGAUGCGUCGAAACCAAUGCCUAUAUAUCUCGCCGAGGAGCUUCCGGAUUUACCGGACUACUCGGCGAUUAAUCGUGCCGUGCCUCAAAUGCCCUCUGGGAUGGAAAAAGAGGAAGAAAGUGAGCACCAUCUCCAGAGGGCGAUAUCAGGCACGGGGCUCAUAAUUCCUACACCGGAGGUGUGCGAGGUCAGCGACCUCGAGUUCUACGAGAGAUGUUAUCCAGCCGACUACAAAAUGCCCAAGCAGCACAUACAUAUGCAGCUGCUAUGGGAGGAGCAGGAGGCACCGGAGUACGACAUCGACUCGGAGGACGAGAGAUGGCUGAAGCAGCAGAGACAUCCGGAGCUCACAGAACUAAAGUUCGAGCAAAUGAUGGACAAGUUGGAGCGCAGCUCUGGUCAGACGGUGGUGACGCUCAACGAGGCCAAGCUGCUGCUGGAGCGGCAGGACGACCUCGUCAUCGCCGUCUACGACUACUGGCUCAACNUUAAUGUUUUGCAGCAACAUCCUCUCAUCCUGUCGGUGAAGACGGAGCAUCGGCCCGGGCAAUCGUCGAACAAUCCUUAUCUAGCAUUCAGAAGAAGAACAGAGAAAAUGCAGACCAGAAAAAAUAGGAAAAACGACGAGAGUUCGUACGAGAAGAUGUUGAAGCUCCGUCGCGAGCUGGCGCGUGCCCUCACACUGUUGGAGAUGGUGUCGCGGCGGGAGCGCGCCAAGCGCGAGCUGGUGCGCCUCACAGCGCUGCUGGCGGAGAGACGGUAUGCUGCUGGGGACUUCACCGCGCAGCUGCCGGAGCCCGCCAGGCAAUACAACACGGUGCCGAUAUCGACUUUAAGUUUCCGUCGAGAGGCGUACGCGGUGCAGCACUACCCGCCGCGCGCCCCGCCCACACCAGUAGACCAGCCCAGGCAGCGAGAGAAGCGUCCAUACAAGAGACGGAAACACAGGCACCACGCCGCCGGCUCCGCGCAGGGGCUGCGAGAGUGUGGCGUGUGUACGUCUUCGGAGGAGGAGGGGGUGCCCGCGAGCGCGGCCAGCCCGCGAGCUGAUACCUUCGACGAUGGACCCUUCGCAUUCCGCCGCAAGCCCGGCUGCUACUAUGAAAUGCCGACUUCAACUCUUUACGGCGACCCUGUGGAUCCUGACUGCACAUCAAAAGAUGGUCUCUUCGAACACGAACUGGAUGAGAGGCAUAGGUUCACACUGACGUCGAUAACGCAGCCGUACACGCGGUGCGUGGGGUUCGCGCGGCGGCGCGUGGGCCGCGGCGGCCGCGUGCUGCUCGACCGCCUCGCCACGCCGCUCGACGACCUCUGGCCGCGGCUGCCCUUCACCUUCCCCGCCUCCACGCACCACCGCCUGCUCAGGGACGAGGAGGUGGAACUGGAAACAAAGGCUCAUCGCACUCCGAAGGAGAUGACGCGGGACUACCACGAGGGCGGCAAGUACCCCUGGCGACAUGCCUUCCGGCGGCACCUCGCGCGCAACCCCGGCCUCUGGACCGUCGACGUCAAGCCGGACGCUGAAGUCAAGUCGGACGCCGACGUCAAACCGGACGAUGACGUCAACUUCCUCUCGGGCUGCCAAUGCAAGAGCAUUCAUGUUGUAAUUUGUUUCCUCCUUGUAAAUAUUACUUUAAAUGUUUUAGUUAGUGGAAUGUUAGCUCGCCGCGCCGCGCUGCGCCGCCCCGCUCCUGUACAAGCCGGGGGAGGUAUUCAAAACACCCGCACUUAA